GUGUGUGUGUUUAAUGUGUGUGUGUGUGUGUGUGUGUGUGUUUUCUAGUGUGGAUCAUGGAGGAGAGUUCAGGAUCACAUCAGGACUCCACAAAUAUGCCUGUGAUCUCACACUGGAUACAAACACAGCAAACAAACAACUCAAACUGUCUGACGAGAACAGAAAAGUGACACGUGUGAUUGAACAACAGUCAUAUCCUGAUCAUCCAGACAGAUUUGAUGGGUUUAAUUAUCAGGUUCUAAGUGUUGAGAGUCUGACUGGACGCUGUUACUGGGAAACUGAAUGGAGUGGAAAUAAUGUUCGUAUAUCAGUGUCAUAUAAAGAAAUCCCAGAGGAAAGGAAGGAGUAAUGACUGUUGGUUUGGAUAUAAUGUGAACUCCUGGAGUCUGGUCUGCUUUAAUCACAGAUUCACUGCCCGUCACAAUAAUAACUACACUGAUAUAUCUGCUGGUUCAGUGUCCAGUAAGAGAGUAGGAGUGUAUGUGGACGUGUCUGGCGGCACUUUGUCCUUCUACAGCGUCUCUGACACACACAAACUCACACGCUUACACACAUUCACACACACAUUCACUCAAACACUACACGCUGGAUUUAGACUUUAUCCAAACUGUUCAGUGUCUCUGUGUGACAUUAAACACACACAGACAUUAGUCGACACAGUGUGAGUGUAAUGAUGUGAAAGUGUUGCUGUUGUUGUGUGUGUUUUAAUCACAGGCUUCAGGAAGUUCAAUAUCAGACACACAAGACAGUUUCCUGUUUCAGAUCAUCAGGAUGAAGAUGUUUCUCCAGUCAGAGACACUUUCUGUGUUUCUGUCCAACACAAAUCACACACUCACACACACAAAUAAAAUCACAUGUCAUAUUUACACUGUUGUAUCAUAUUAAAAUAUUGAUUAUGCAAAUGAG